UGUGUGAAGGUGAGCGUUGACCGCUUUAACUCGUCCAAAAAUAUAAUUUAUCGUUUAUUUUUUUUUUCAAUCAGCAUCAAUCGAAGUGGUUAGGUUUUUUAUUUUCUAACAAUACAAAGAUUUACUUUAUAACACAACGUUUAAAAUCAUUUUUCAGUUUGCUUAAAUCUCUAGACAAUUGUGUGAUAAUUAUUGUUGAGCAUUAAAAAUUGCCCGCCAAAUUUACCACGUGAAAACAUGGAUGAUCUUAAAAAUGACGGAAAAUUUUAUCGUUUACGUCAAUAUUGAAACCGCAGCACUGGAGCAAAAUUAACCGGCUUGCCUAUACCAAUGCUAUAUUUUUAUCGGAUACUAUAAAAUUGCGGUCCGGCUGAACCAUAAGAAAGAACAAGUGAUCAUACUCGACGAAGAUAACAUGUUAUUAGACGAUAAAAUGAUCUACACGUCGCAACCGAAGAUUUAUCCAUUCGCUGUAGUCCUCAGACUUCGUGUGCUUCAGAUAGUUUGCGGUAUUACCGGGUUAGUUAUGGGCAUGGUCGCCACUAUAGAAGAAAAGGGAAAAAUGAACUUGGGCUUAGCAAUACCGGCUGGAAUUCUGACAGUUAUUGCUGCAGCUGGCAGCAUUUACACGAGCCACGGUUUCAGCGGUUACCGACCGCAACAGCUGUGCGACCCGCGACUGCAACCGUUCCGGUUUCUGGGGCCCACCGUCCGGUCCGCGGUGGCGCUCACAGUGCUAUGGCUCGCCGCGUGUCUGUUGCACGCCUGUCUGCUGUACGUCUCCGCACGGUCGCUGUUCCGGAACGGGCAGAUCGCCGUGCUGGCCACCAUACUCAUUUCACUCACGUUGCUCACGUUGCUGUCCACCGCCGCGCUGGUGCACAUCGACUGCAAGUACGAUCCCGAUUGACCCGGCCCGGAGGCCCAGGUGCCAACGGCUUCGGUCAGCGUGAUCGGGCCCAGCCAUUUGUCCACGGACAGAGCCACUAAGGUGGCGUGGGUCAUAUAAUACCACGUAUACCAAGGUAUACCGGGUGCGGCGGAUGCCGUGCGUCAAACGCUCCAUGUUCAUAUUACAACAUUAUGUAUAUUUUAAUUUUUAUGUAUUCUAUGUAUUUUAUAUCGUGAACAUAUUUAUGUGAAUAUGACCGUAUAAACAUCGUCGACUUAGGGCUCAGUCAAACAGAAAGCGGUCUGCCUGCGCGGGCACUGUAAAAUAAUACAACCGACCGCUGCCCGCCGCGGUCAGCGUACCCGUAGACCAUGGCAGCCCGCUCUCUGCUUGACCGACCCUUAAGGGUCGUUCUUACAAUGUCCGGUCGGCUAAAACGCUCUAACCGACUGAUCACAGAUUUCAUAGCCGGCAGAAUUCGCGGCCGGUCAAGUGCCGGUUAUAAGACUAACCGGCAGAAUUCUGUUUCACAUAUUAUAAUAAAUUCUUCUGGUUAGCGUUAUCAGACACUCGACCGGACAUUGUGAGAACGGCCCAAAGUAAAGCUUUGUAUAGUCAUCGUAAAAUAUAAAUUACGAGCAAUAUAACAUUCCCUACGUGAAAAUCGUGUUUUCGUAUAUUAUCAAAUACAAAUAUGAUCAAAUGUGAUAAUAUGAUCUUACAUUAUAUUAUUGGUACCAAAUAAUGAGAAUCCUGCUGUCAAAAUGUGAUACCACUCAACAGUUCAGUUCCCGAAACCAGACUUUUGAACACAUUUCUGAACUAUAUCCAGUGGCGCUCUCAGGAAUUUUCAAUUUGGGGGGGGGGCUAAACCCCAUGAUCCCCCCUCCGUGAGCACGUCCACUAAAUCUAAUCCGGAAAAUAAUUAAAUUCAAAAAAAGACAUUGAUUCAUACAAAGUAUAAUAUUUUUUGUAAUAAAAACAUCCUCUUUUUAAAUGGAAAAUUAGUUUUAUUUAAACAGUUCACAGAAACCUAAAUAUUUUAUUCUAAAACAUAAUAAACGUCAUGUUCAUUUUUUUAAUGAAUUUUAUCGUAAAAUGUUCAAUACCAAAUAAUGCUUUAUUUUUCUUCAGAUUUUUUUAUUCAAAAUAAGAAUUCAAGACAAUAAUUUUAAAACUUUCAAAGCUCUUAUUUAUUAUUAUUAUUAUUAUUAUUAUUAUUAUUAUUAUAAUUUUAUUUUUAUUUUUAGACUUCGGUAAAUAUUUGUAAGCUUAAUUUGUCCAUUGUUCGUUAUAUAAAUCAUUUCCCCAAAUGUAUAAUAUGUAAAUGUGCAGAGUAAAAAAGUUUUCAACAAAAUUCAAUCGUCAAAGAAUAUAUUAUAUUAUAUUAUACAAGUUCAAUAUAAAUGUUAAAAACCAUUGAUUAUUAGGUUAAUAAUAAACAUAAAUAAUAUUUUGCAUACAUAUUGAAUUGAAUUUUCGUUUUUUUAGAGUGUUAUACUCUUUUUCUUAGUUCUAAGUGUUAUGUUCAAAAAUUAUUUUGUUUAAAAGGCAGGUAUAUAUUUUUUCCUUGUAACGCCGCCACAUGGGACUGAACUGUUGAACUGUUUGUAGAUUACUAUUUGCUUGGCCCUCAUGCAGUUUAAUAGGCAUAACUAAUUGGUAUUUUGUUAGAUUAUAUUCAAAAUUAAAGACUAUUAAGAUUAUUUUUAAAAAUUGUUGUUUUUAUACUUGAACUAUACCUUUAGUUUAAUAUCUAAUCAUGAUGCUAAUUGUUGAAUUUCAAAGUCAUUAAGAGGACGCUACCCGUGCAUUUGUUGUCUCCGUCUUACACACGUACGACAUUGCAAAUUUUCGUCCACUAGUUUCAAUAGUGCCCUGUUUGUUUUGAUAUUAGAGUGAAUUGACCUAUUAGCAAGUUUUUAGGUAUGUGCUUAAGCGUCGGCUUUUAUUUGAUAUUUUAAUUUUUAAGCGAAAAUUGUUAUGCAUUUUUAUUUGUGAUAGGUACUUCACUUACCCAUAUCUCGCACGAAAAUUAAAAUAUCGAAUAAAAACCAACGCUCGAGCACAUAUAAUGUAUAUAGCCAAUAUAGGUACCUAAAAGUUUUAUUAUAUGUGAAUUCACUCUAAUAUAAAGUAUAAACGCUAUAUUAUUGAAAUAGUAAACGAAAAUUUGCUACGUUGUACGUUUUUAAGACAAAUACAACAAACGUCCUCUUAAUAUAUUACUUGAUAUUACAGAAAUAAUAACAACAACGUAACACAGUCCACAAUAUGUAUAAUAUGCCUCAUAAUAUACUUAUGCGCUUAAGAAUAAUUUAAUAUUUAUUUGUUUUUUUAUUUAGGAAAUUCGUAUUUAUUAUUGUAUAUUCAAUAUAGUUUUUAAACUUUUGAUUUAAUUUACGAUUUGACAUUUGUUAACUAUAUAUGUGUAUUAUAAUGUCCUGAUCCAAGACUUCAAGAAUAAAAGAAGAUUUACAAAUAAAAUAAUGAUUAUAAUUAAAUAUGUUUAGACCAAAUGUCAUAAAAAAUAAGUUUAUAAUUUUUAUGAUCAACUUGAGUUUCAUAACUGUUAAAUAUGUACGCAUGUAGUCAUGUAGAAUAUUAAAAAAAAUGUACAAAAGAUAU